AUGAAGGACUAUGACAUGUUUGAAAGGUCCUGCGCACCAGAAAAAAAGUAUGACCUAUCUGGGAGUUUCAGUUUACCAUCUUCCAAGAUUAUUUUUGCCUCAUCCUUCUGCUCAACAGACAAUUGCACUCCAAAUGAACCAACAAUACCAGAGAAUGCGAAUCAACCCAAUCAAGUGACUUGUCCAGCCUGCCUUUCACUUGAUUCUAACCUGUGUAACACAUCACAAAGCAUUCCGUGCACUGGGAGUGAAAAUAUGUGCUAUCUAGGAGUUGCAACAUCGCCAGUAUUCUCUUACCCUGUGGUGCUCCGUGGAUGUGCAACUAAAAGCUCCUGUGAUAUUGUCAGCACGGACCAAGAAGCCAUUCUUAACACCCUGCAAAUCAAUUCCAACCUUCUGUGCACCAAUGGAGCCUGCCAUCAUCAUUAUGGAUUCCUUCUCCCAGCAGCCAUUGCUUCUGCACUAAUGAAAUUUAUGUUUGUUUGA